GCUGUGGAUUUGCCGGCCAGGGGCACAUGGUGGCCAUAUACGAAGAGCCAAACCCGACACUACGUCCCGAAAUGACCAUGCCCUCGCAGGGUAUCGGCACCAAGACGUCAGGUCCUCAAUCAAAGACGGGGCAGACUAGGGAAAAGAAAUGAUCGGCGUGGACAUGGCAGGGUGAAGAUGUGCGCGACUGGUGGGACCGCGCCGCAGGUCAAUAGGCGUCUCAAGUACACCGAAAUAGUUGGAAAACGGGUUGCAUGUCUGCGCAAGUGGGCUUUGCCACUUGGAAACAGUCGGGAAACCGUGGUCCAACAGAGCACCAUGAUUGCCUGUUCCUUCUUUCGUCGGAUUUUCCAGUUUCUACAGCACCUCUGCCUGUACCCAACCGCUAUUUGUCGCCCAUGACGUCAUAUCCCGUAUCGUGUGCGAGAUUGUCAGAUGUUUCAAAAAACCUUGGGAAGCUUCUGAUCUCCUACACUGUUUGGAACAUAGAAUUGAAACUCAAUGAAACAG